CGGGGGGCGCAGAGAGGAGCUGGUGGGUGAUGGGAAGUGCAGUGACAGCAUAACCAUGUCUGGUAAAUAGAGCCGGUUGGUAGGACCCAUAUCACUUGCGACGGCCGGGCAGCGUUCCCCCCUCCGGCUCGGAAUGAAAACGGCUUUUCGGCAGAGAAGGGCUUUUCCGCCUCCCUGGGGCCGUGGGCUGCCGGGGUGACCCCGCUCUUAGGAGGGAGGAAGCCAAGAUCUGGGGCAGCAGCCUACUCCCCACCCCCAGUGUUUAGGUUCCAGUGUUUUCCGAAGGAGAUGGAGCCUAGGAGCUCCCUCGGAUCCUAGGGGCAAAACAGCUGGGCUGCGCUCAGGCCCGCCGCUAGAGCCCCCUCCGGAUCGGGCAGGAGGGGGUUAAGGUGGCGCUGGCUGCCGCGGCCAGCUGGUGGGUCUGAUCCACUCGCUCCGAGCCGAGCGCGGAGCGCGCCCGGCGGAGUCCCGGCCGGAGCCCGGGGCGAUGGGGAGAGGCCCCGGACCCCUCCCCGCCCUGGGGCCGGCAGGAUUGGGCCGGCAGGGGGCCAGCCCGGAAGCCGGCUUCCUCCAGGCUCCCCCCUCUCGCUGCUGCCAAGCCGCCUCGAAGCCAGGCUGACUGAGCCUUGGUUCUGUGCUCACUGCCGAGGAGACGACGUGAGGGAUUUUGUCUUGGGGAGAAAUCGGUGGUCGAGCGCCUGCCCAGUUCAAAUGCCACCGCGCCCGGAGGGAGGCCUGCAGUUUAGGGAUCCCUGAGGGAGAGCAACGUCACACCUCCUGAGGACAGCCAGGAGGACUCUGGCUUUUGCUGAGCAUUGCAUCUUGCCUCCUUCCUUUCAAAGGCUCCAGACCCAAUCUCGGCUGUCCUCGAGUCCUGCGUGCCCUUGACCAGGCAUCCCACUGCCCCUCCAGCCCAGCCCAGCCCUGGAGCUCACCUCCAGGACCUGGAGCCUACCCUCCUGCCCAGAAUGACUCACCAUUAUUUCUAGCUCAAGUGAGAAGACGUGAUGGGGAAUCAGACUGCCUGUUUGUGUAUCUAGGAUUCCUGCAGCAUCAGAUCAGUUCUGCAAGGAAGAGAGCUGCAGAUUCCUGCCUUGUCAGCCAAGCGGGGCUAUCUCUCUGGCUCUCAGAGAGACCUGGGGGCUCCCCUGCAGGAGUGCAGGCCGAUGCUGCUGUGUUUCCUGGGGCCGUAAGCAGCGCCCUGAGCUCCCUGCCGCCAGGCAGCUAGAAGGCAUAGCGAGAGGCGCUUCUCUUGGUUCCAAUUAUGACAGUGGCCACCGGAGACCCAGUGGAUGAGGCCGCUGCCCUCCCUGGGCACCCGCAGGACACCUAUGACCCAGAAGCAGACCACGAAUGCUGUGAGAGGGUGGUGAUCAACAUCUCAGGGCUGCGGUUUGAGACCCAGCUAAAGACCUUAGCCCAGUUUCCAGAGACCCUCUUAGGGGACCCAAAGAAGCGGAUGAGAUACUUUGACCCUCUCCGGAACGAGUACUUUUUCGAUCGGAACCGCCCAAGCUUUGACGCCAUUUUGUACUACUACCAGUCUGGGGGCCGGUUGAGGCGACCCGUGAAUGUGCCCUUAGAUAUAUUCUCCGAAGAAAUUCGGUUUUAUGAGCUAGGAGAAGAAGCAAUGGAGAUGUUUCGGGAAGAUGAAGGCUACAUCAAAGAGGAAGAGCGUCCUCUACCCGAAAAUGAAUUUCAGAGACAGGUGUGGCUUCUCUUUGAAUACCCAGAGAGCUCAGGGCCUGCCAGGAUUAUAGCUAUUGUAUCUGUCAUGGUGAUCUUGAUCUCAAUCGUCAGCUUCUGCCUGGAGACGUUGCCCAUAUUCCGGGAUGAGAAUGAAGACAUGCAUGGCAGUGGAGUGACCUUCCAUACCUAUUCCAAUAGCACCAUCGGGUACCAGCAGUCCACUUCCUUCACCGACCCUUUCUUCAUUGUAGAGACCCUCUGCAUCAUCUGGUUCUCCUUUGAGUUCUUGGUGAGGUUCUUUGCCUGUCCCAGCAAAGCCGGCUUCUUCACCAACAUCAUGAACAUCAUUGACAUUGUAGCCAUCAUCCCCUACUUCAUCACCCUGGGAACAGAGCUGGCUGAGAAGCCAGAAGAUGCUCAGCAGGGCCAGCAGGCCAUGUCACUGGCCAUCCUUCGAGUCAUCCGGUUGGUAAGAGUCUUUAGGAUUUUCAAGUUGUCCAGACACUCCAAAGGUCUUCAGAUUCUAGGUCAGACCCUCAAAGCCAGCAUGAGAGAAUUAGGCCUCCUGAUAUUCUUCCUCUUCAUCGGGGUCAUCCUCUUCUCUAGUGCUGUCUAUUUCGCAGAGGCCGAUGAGCGAGAGUCCCAAUUCCCGAGCAUCCCGGAUGCCUUCUGGUGGGCAGUCGUCUCCAUGACAACUGUAGGCUAUGGAGACAUGGUUCCAACUACUAUUGGGGGAAAGAUCGUGGGUUCCCUAUGUGCAAUUGCAGGUGUGUUAACCAUUGCCUUACCUGUCCCCGUCAUAGUGUCCAAUUUCAACUACUUCUACCACCGGGAGACAGAGGGAGAGGAACAGGCCCAGUACUUGCAAGUGACGAGCUGUCCAAAGAUCCCAUCCUCCCCUGACCUAAAGAAAAGUAGAAGUGCCUCUACCAUUAGUAAGUCUGACUACAUGGAGAUCCAGGAGGGGGUAAACAACAGUAACGAGGACUUUAGAGAGGAAAACUUGAAAACAGCCAACUGCACUUUGGCUAAUACAAACUAUGUGAAUAUUACCAAAAUGUUAACUGAUGUCUGAUUGAACCCUAUUCACAUACUCACAGCUCAAUGGAACUAAUGCAGAUAUUGCAUAAUAGCCUGCAUUGUAGUCAGUGUGUUCUACAGUGUGUAUCUGGUUCUGCAUGGAAAGCAAUAGUCGUGCAAGUGACUUUUGAUCUUUUGAUUUUUGAUUUAGAACACAGAAUAUGUAUCCAUGGCUUUCAUGCAAAUCUUCAUCACCGGCUUAGGGGUUUCCAAAGAUGGGAGUCACCUAUGGAAGCCAGGAUUUCAGAAGGACACAUUGAGGCCACCUCAUAGCAAAUACAGAACCUACCACAUCAGUGUCACCUUUUCUUCCUAAUGAAAUGCACAUGGCAUCUCGGAGAUGCAAUUCCCCCCCCACACCCCACUUGAGCCUACCUCCCCCUUCACAGAGGAAAACCACGGUAGCUUAGCUUUAAAGUUCUGGUAAUUAUUCGAAAGGUCUUUCCCAUUUUUGCAUUGAAAAGAACACACAGUGCUGUGUGUUGGAAUUACUUUCUGUGUCACAGGCUGGGGGGUUGUGAAAUGCAGUUGCCAAGCAGACGCUCCGGAGGCUUGUGUUUCAUAACGGAAAAUACUGCAUUUGGUUUUUUCUCUGCAGUGUCGAUGUGAGGGAAGCCCAGGGGAGGGACGGUUAGGAUGACCGAAUGUGAGUUGUCAGGUUUCACAUUUGCUCCCUUAGCCCUACCGGGAGAAGCUGACAAACCAAGGGACCUCUCAGCUUCAGAUUUCACCAUUUUUGCAGGCUUCGGGGUCACAAAAACAUGUCUGAUUUCUUCGCUACACUGGAGGUUGCAGGCAUCUGCUUUCCUAGUGCCGGGGCCCAGCUACACUGACACUGCAGUGAAAUUUACCAGUGAUGCGAUAGAGCUGCAUGGGUGUUUGUUGCAUGAAUCUCAAUAUUUAAAACACAGGAGAUAACCUAUUUUCUUAGUAGCCUACACAGUAUUCAUAUUUAGAGUAUUAAUAGCCUAGGAGUGGCAUUGAACGAGGGUUGUCUUUUUUUCCCCAUCAGAAUACAAAAGCCCUCAAUCAGGAGGAAAAAAGUAGACUGUUUGGAGUGGGGAACCAAAACUUCUGGCCCUCCAGCCCACCCCAUCCCUGUUCUUCCAAAUGGGGGCACACAGCUCUGCAAAGCCAGGAGAGCGAGCGGGGAAAGCAGUGUCUAAACACCUCACGUGACUGCAUCUUAGGAAUUAACCUAGUCACGGGCAUGACUGUAUAGCUGACUGGGGCAUCUCGUCCCGAGGAAAUGCGGAUCUGUGGAUCCAGUGUAUAUAAACAUGUAUCGAGAAUCUCUUUCCCGAAUUCCUCUACCUAGCUAGCUAUAGGAAAAAUUGCAUUUGAACCUUGUAUAAGCUUAUGCAAUAUUUUUGACACAGGGCAAUAUAUGCAUGUGUUUGACUAUGUGCACUAGAGUGUGUGUAUAUAUAUAUAUACACACACAUAUAUAUAUACAUAUAUACAUAUAUAUACAUACAUACGUGUGUAUAUGUAUAUAUGCACACAUACAUAUAUAGUCAUUCUCUGGAGUUCAGGUUCAGGAGCAAAUCCACUGCUUGGUGGGUUGGUUGUCUCAGAGGCCUAAUGGGUUAAUUUGUCUCACUGAUCAUCCCACUGGGCCUAGGUUUGCUGCCAUUGCCUCAGACACUCCAGUCUUCAUGGAUUCUUAGAUGUUCGAAUUGUCUUUCUGCCCUCCACGUGCUGCAGCUUCAGUUUCUCAUGGCUGAAGCUUGUCUUACUGAGUGCACAAGGGCCCUAGGGCCCUCACAGCUCCAGCUGUCCUGGGCCAGACCCAACCCAGGCCUCCUCUCUACAGCUCAUCAUCUUCAUCAUCUCCAUUCUCGUCUUUCCCCACCCUGUCCGGAUUUUAUUUAAGACGUAGAAUGUAUUUACCAAUAUAGAACAUACACAAGAGCCCUACAUAUACCAUGAACGAAGACACAACCUGCAACUCUGAUGCAAAAUACACAAAAACAACAUGGUCAUUUGCCUCUGCAUCAGUCACUUUCCUGAAUCUUUCCCCAAAGAGCCAGAAUGGAUCACCUGCUUUGAAACCAAGGACACUAAGGAGGAGGGCUCCUGGGGACCCAAUUCCACAGGUCUGGGCUGAACGGAAACCUCCUCUAUGUGGAAAUUUCUGAAGUGCAGGACCAAGGGAAGGAAACCCUAGUUGAUCCACAGGCAUCAUGUUCUCCCAAGCUCUCUCCGCAUUAAACUGGCAACCAGGGCUGCUUAAGAAACCAAAGGCUGGGUACAGAAUCAUUCCCCACCGCCAGAACAGGCUGCGAGUGAAGAAGCACUGCAUAGCCUAAAGGUAGAGUUCAGCUGGCCCUGGAAUAGAUGGAGGUGGGGAAGCUUUUGCCUCACAAACUGGGCUUCUUUGCCUUUCAACAUAAUAGAUUAAGUUGCCCAAACACAGCGAGUUGUGUGGUCAGGCUGCCCAGCCAUGACUCCAGCCCCGGCCUCACUGUUGGCUCUUCAGCACCUCCAGUUACCCUGGGGGGGUGGGGCACCAGCCCAGGGUGCUCACUAGUUCCUGGUCACCCACAGCCCCAGGGGUCUGCAGGGCAUCCCAGGCCCAGCGCGAAGCCUCUGUGCUUCUCUUCCUCUCCUAUAUGGGAGAUGGUGCUGCAUUUCCAAGACAUAGGGUGGAGGGACACAGACCUUGGGAAAAUAGAUGGUAAGACAACCCAUACCUAAGGGCGAGGUUGUGGGGUAGAUGUUUUAUCCCAGUGUCCUUGACCUGGGACUAUAAAAUGUUCACCCACACCGGCACACAGACAUGCACACCCAUCACAAAAGCGAUCUACAUUGUUGCCAUACACAAAUACAAAACAUGCACCACACACGCAGAAUACACAGAGACGAAAUUAAUGAAAAGGGCACUCAAAAGAUACACGGUUAUACCUAUAUCCAGAAUACGCACACUCAGCACAGACACGGAAUGUACUUACCAAUACAGAACAUAUACAAAUACCUACAUACACCACGUACAAACCUGCAACUCAGAUGCAAAACACACAGAAACUACAUGGACACAUGGGUACACAUACAGAAUACACAAAAGAUACUUUACUAUUAUUUCUGCACACAAAAUACAAACUCGGUUUAUACACACAAUACAUUUAUUCAUAUUACACACACAAAAUACAGCACACACACCCAAGAACACACACACACACCACACAUGAAAUGUGUACAUAUACUCAGAUCCAUUGUUCUGCCCCCAUAGCUAUAAAUUAAUAGGCAUAAACAAAAGAUCAGAUUUAAUCAUCUUUCCCUAACCUGCAUCUCUCCCCCUCAAUAUCCUUCAGGAAAUCUCUUCUUCUAGUCUUUUCCCCCGCCUCACUCCUAGAUUUCAGAAAAAUAACCCCAAGGUUUAAGGCAAAAUAUGGACCACCAUUGUCAAGCAGAUCUGUGAUUAAGACUGGGAAUCUCAUAGGGUUUCUACCUGUUCACCUUCCUCCCACCAGAAACCCUGGUGCCAAGCAUGGAAGGACCUGGGACAGCUGACGGUCCAUUAAUAUACACCUCCUGGCCCCGUCCUUUCUUUCAAAACAAGUCCACACAGACAACCCAAUAGCCCAGUCUCCCCUGCUCCCAACCCCUGGGAUCUCUGGAUUCAACCCCGUCCUCUUGAAAGCAGUGGUGGCUCAAGAAGCUGCAGGGUCGCAGGCCCAGAACCAGAGUGAGGAUGCUCCCAACGUUCCCUCAGCCCACAGACCUUAUCGCCCCUCCAUCCCCAGUGGCUUUGUCAGGGGGCUCAGUCAGAAAGUCAAGGCCAUAUGUAGACUUGUCUCUUAAAAUGAGUCACCUUUACUUGCUUGUGGCAUCUCACUUGCUCUUGGGCAUAAGCCCCAUGGAGUCAACUCCUGAGUCCCGUCUAUGGGUGUGCAAUGCCAGGCAGGCUUCUUCCCCUGCCCCGGCUCCACCUGGUUGCCUUGCCCCCCACCCAGUGGCUGUACCUUGAGGAAACACACACCAAUUCAGCUUAAGUGAAACCUGAUUAAGGACUUAAACCUGAUGUUACACAAGCAAACAGCAUCUUUUUUUCAGGAGGCCUGAUUUGUAUCCUAUAUUCUAAGGCCAGAUUGAAAUGCUUUGUAAGAUUACACGCUGUUUUGGGUUACACACAGAGCUGGCUCUUCCUACUAGUAGGACUAGCUGAGAGCUGGGUGCGUUUUAGCAAAGGCUUCACCUCAGAUGGAAGUUGGGGGGUUGAAGUCAGGCAUCAGAUCAGGUCUCUGCUCCUGCGGCCAUCCAGGAUGUGCCCCACGCUUCCCUCCUGAAGAUGGUCAAGCUCCCAGUCUCCAUGGAGGAAGCAAGAGCCACAGGGAAUGAGCGCGUGGGUCCAAGUCUGCACAUUCCGCGCAACAUGCUGGGCCUUUCAAGUGUUUUCAAGUCAGGAUACCAAUUUUCCCUUUAGCUUCAGCAGGUGCUUCCAUGGGCUCAAACUUUCAAGGACGUUGGAGUUCUCAGGAGUCCACAGAGAAGGAAGUCCAGGAGAGGUGGAGAGGUUGUCAGGAAGAAAGAGUACCUGAGCUAGUCAUAUUUCAGAAUUAACUUUUCAGGAGCUGAAAUGUACCGAAGGUCAUAAUGAAGGCACUGUGCUUCCUGAAGCUUCUGUGGUGUUUGACACACUCUUCCUUCCUCUCUGCUUCCCUCUGCUCCUCUCAGCUGGGCCUCUGAGGAUGGAGUAGGCAUGAAACCAGGAGGUUAGCCCUGAAAGGGGGCCCCAAGUGAGUGUGCCCCCAGACUCCAUUGGUCUGGUGUGGAAAGGGCUCCCAGGAAAGCUUUGUUGAGUCUCCAGCCUGGGGGCUCAUGUGGCCACCCCGUGUGGAGAGGGCUGCAGAAUUAGCUUGUCCUGUCUGCUCUCCCUGGAUCUCUCACUCCAUUGUAGUGAGGUCUUUGGCCAACUUCCUUAAUCAUGGUCAACCAUAAAGUAUCAGUGCCACGCCCAGCUGAGAGAGGGCGGGCUGGGGGUUCAGUGCUGCCAACAGUAGCAGAGAAGAGAGGUGGAGGCUGACUUUCCCCAAAGGAAACUAUAGGACAGUUUGCAAAUUGCAUAUGAGGGUAGCACCAGACCCCCCCACCCCCGCCAUGGCAGGUGGGAGGAGUACACUGCUUUGAACUGUUUACCCAGGGGUGGGGAUGGUGAACCCUGCUCCAGCUCUGGCUCUCCUGGGGCCCGUUGUCAUAACAGCCUCCAUCUGGGUGACGGCUGCCUGGUCUGAGAGGGCUGGUCUACAUAGGGUGUAAUUUCCAGGGUGCUCCUUGGUUACACAAUGGAGGCUUGCCCAGCCUUGGCAAAGUGUCCAUUGCCAGGUAUGAACCCAUGACCUCAAACUCAUUAACAUCAUUAGCCACCUGCAGAGCCAACUAGCAGAGCGCUGGAUGCUGGGAGGUGUCCAAACGGCUAAUGUGACCAUUAUCUUGAUCCUAAGACUUGGCCCUUGUUGAGACCAGCCCUGUUCUCUUAUCAAAGCAGCAAGCAGGGACAGGUGGAGGUAAGGGAUCCCUGACAAGCUGGGAUGGGUCUCUUCCUCAAACAAACCUAGUUCACUUUUCCCUUCUUUCUGCUUCCUUUCCCACCAAAGUUCAGCUCCAUCUCUCAUAGUUUAUUUUUUAAAGAGGAAACGUGCAAUAAACUAAAUAGUGACUGUUUUCUUUAGCAAUAGUUAUCUCAAAAUCUUGUUCUCAGGACUGAAAAGUGAUAGUACCCGGAUGCUCAGAUAAUGCCCUUGGCUUCUGGGCAUUAGUUCACCGUCUCUGUAGUUCCCUCUUCUUCCCACAUGGUCAUAUGACUCCUGCCCUCUGAGGCUCUGACCCUCCUUUGGAAUGUAAACAUACACUGGUUCAACAUCUGCACAAGGAAGGUCGGGAGAAGGCUUUCUUUAUCUCUCUGACUCUUCCCCGUGUGCACCUCUCUCUGUCUCCGUGUGCAUCUCCGUCCCUCUCUCCCUGCCACCUGCCCCUUCUGCCUGCUCUCACAUGGCACUCUCACAACCUCCAGGCACUGAAACCUUGAGUUUGAGUGACCUCACACCAGGUCAUCUCGUGGACUUACGGUCAGACUGGCAGGGUGUAAUGGAAGCCUGCAGGAAAGCGCUUACCAAUAGAUAAGAAUAAAGCAUCCUGAGCCAUUACAGAAGAUCAUUUCCAUGCACUUAAAGCCAUCACUUGAUCCCUCUGUUUUCCUCCCUCCCCUCCCCUGGGAGAUGGAUGCUGGAGGAAUGUGGCCUGGAGGUUUGCACCUGGGAUGGGUAGACUGGGCAGAUUUGGGGAAUUGCCCUCUGGCUGUCCUUCAAAACAAGCUGACUUGCUUAACCAAAGGGAUGCCAUGAGAGCUGUGGAGAGAAGCAAGUGUUUGUGGGCAGAGGUCUACAGGGAUAGUGUUUGUGGGUGGUUAGGGCAUGACAGUAGUGAAACGAAGACCCCACCACCCAAGAUAGUGUACUGUUGCACAAAUAUCUGCACACGUAACUGGGGACUUUAGAAGAGUCUCCUUUCCUGAAAAAAAUCUGUGCGGUUGAAUUUUCAGACUGGACAAUCGGGGAAGACUGGCAACGCCAGGGUCCCAUCCCAUUCCUUUUCAAUCUACCUUGCUCUAUACGUGCGUAUACAGCAAAACCUCAGUUAACUGAUGGGGAAAUGCUCAGGGAAGGGGGCCGUCCGGAUGGCUUUACAAUUAUGGUUUUUUGGGUGGGAAUGGGAAAACGUGUUUUGGUUCAACCUUUGUUAUAAAAAAAAAAAAAUACCUUUCCUAAGUAGGUUAGUAUAAACUUCCCUGCCUUAGUAAGUAAAAUGUUUGAAGAUGACAGAAGACCUUGCAUUGCUCAGGGUCAACAUUCUCAACCUCAGUGCUCCUUGUACAGAGUGUGGGUGGAGAAGACCAAAGAAAUAGGCUGAAUGUCUGCGGGCUGCAAGACAUCCCUGGAAGUUGGCUAUUUGGGCUCAUCAGAUAAUGCCCUUACUAUCAUUUGCCUCUUUCUACUGAAAUUAUAGUAAGAAAACAUAAUUCUCAUUAGUCGAGGUUUUGGUUAAUUGGUCCUGAGUUAUCACAGGUUUUCCAUAUAUACAUAUAUCUGUGUAUAUAUAUGUAUAGUAUAUGUAUAUAUGUAUACCAUUGUUUCAAAAGUUAUACAGUUAAUACACUGACCGAUCCCCUUAGCUUCACUAAUGUGGAAUACAUUUGGCAACCCAAGAAAUAAACUGCAUUUAUUUGAAUUUUUAAAAUGACCUUCCUUUGCAUUCUCACCGUAUCUCCAGUUCAGCUCCUUUUCUCCUGCGUAGGGACCUCUCUAGAAGGUAGUUCUUUCAUAACAAAAGAUCAGGCUCUAGCAAUUUUCCCUUCCCUCCUAUGUGGCUGCCUGACUCAGGGAUAAAAGAGAAGUCUGAUCUAAAGGCCAGGUGCUUUAUUCUUUGUUCUGUCUGCCCUGAUUGGCUGUAACCUCAUCACUGAGGACCAGAAAAGUUAUUCCAAACUUUGUAGCUCUGUGGGAGGGGAAAGCUCGAAGACCUGGCAAAGUAUGGAUCUGUUUCCCUCUCUCUUUGUCAUUGGUGGUAACCUAGGCUUGAAUUUCAUGAGAUCUGAAAGUAACAUUUUUAAUGAGGAGCUAAAGAACAUCUCUGCCCCAUGGAAGGCGAGAUGUGUAGCAACCAAUGGACUAACGAACCCAUCCUUUUGUUGAUUCUGGCCAAAUCUAGGUUGCAGUGUAGGCAGUAGAGCACCCAUAAUUCAGCUGCCUCUUUGGAGAAACAGCUCGGUCUGAGCUGAACCGUGCUGUCAUUCUCCAUCUCCCUGGCAGUGUGUUAGACCCAUGGGAGAUACUUCCAGCCUCACCUCCUGCACUUGACUGUGUGCGCUCUACCUAGACAGGGCUGAGAGGGGCUCCUCGUAUCUGACGCAAGUGAGGUGGUGCAGGGGUGCUUGCCCUUUCCCAACAUUCCCAGCAGCCCUCCGGUCUGGCCAAGUUGGCAGCAAUCAGAUAAUAGAAGCCCAUAAACCAGACUUAGCAUGGCCAGCUGGUAAACUGAAGCCACUGAGGCAGCCUGUCCUGAUGGCCACUUCUUACACCUCCUGAACCUCAGCAAGAAAACGAAUAUAACUUUCUGUGCUCCCCUGCACUCCUAAAAUAGUCAGAUAUGUUCCAGAUGAGUUUGCAGUUGAGAACUGCCUGCAUCAUUUCACGGACAGAUGCACAGGGCAGGUGUAAUUACAUAAUAAUGUGGACAGCUGCUGCGACAUCUAGGUAACUGAGGGCGGUGUAAAUGCGGCAGCGUGCUAGGACCUUUGGUAGCUACUCAGAGGACUCAGUCCUGGGUCUGUUCUCUGUCUUCAUGAGAGGGCUGUAAGCCCUGCUUCUCCUUGAAAAUGAUUCCCCAGACACUCACUUUGUAUGAGCACAUAAACACUCUGGGCUGCUAGAGAGAGAAAGAGAAGGAGCUGGGAGGAAGAGGAUAUUCAGGGGCUCACUUUGCUACCAAUUUCCAUGUCAGCUGCUGACACGCCUGCCUUUUUAGCUUGUGAAGUACAGAGCGAGGACUGUGCCCUGACAGGUAGGGCUGGAAUGGAGCAAGCUGCCACAGGCUAAGAAGUGAGAGAGAAAAGCACGGAGAGUAGCCUGGCUGGCUUUGGUGAGGGUGAGUGUCAACUCCAGAGGGUCUGAACACGCUCCGUGCUUGCCCCAGUUCUGCCUUCACGUGGGAUCCAGCGACCCAGUUUCCCUUUGUUGUCGUGCUUGGAUGAUUCCUUCAUUUGAAGGGCCCCAGGAAGCUGGAAAGUCCCAUGAUCGAGCUCCAGCCUGCUGAGCAAGCAGUGCCCGGGCCAAAUUGGCCUCUGACUGGGUUUCUGCAUCCCCACACCCCUUGCUCCACUAAGGGUAAUCUUGGAACAGCCAGGAUUAAUGGUGCCGGCAAUCAAGGAGGAUUCUCUAGUUUUCAUCAGGGACACAGCUCUAAAGCUCAUAAGUGCACGAUGCUUUUUCCUUUUCUAGACCUGUGUGCGUAUGUGCUUAUAUAGGCUGUCUCUGGAGAUUUAUAUAGUACGCGCACAUAGAUAGAAAAUGUGGAAAUGGCCGCUCACUUAGCCUCACACAGCACAGAUUCUAAUUAGGGUUUGCACUGGCUUCCUCGCUGCUCAGGCAUGGCUCCACAGCUGCCCUCCGUGUCCUAGCUCUAAUAAUUUCUGAAAACUCAAAAAGGAGAGGCAGAUAAAUAAGCCUCUCUGGGAUCAAUAGGAGAAGGAACUCCAAGGCUGAUGGUAACGCUCCGUAAGGAUGAUGCCAAAAGGGAACCGGGGUCUCCAUGGUGAUAAGAGGCUGGGGACCAGUGGGAGCUGGAGGCGGAGCAGGGCCUGUGGGGAAGACUCAUGGGAGUUGGGAGUCAUUUAACUAUUUGUUUGCUUCGUGAAAAUUUAGACACCAGCUAUAACCACAUUGCACAGGAUGUAUAGGUAUUAUCAUUCUUGCUGACAUAUUCUGGAAGCUUUCAGCCCCACCAACACUGCCCCGCCCAGGACUUCUGCAGCUGAGAGUUCCUGUGUCAGUAGGGUCUGAUAUUUGUACAUAGGUUAUACAUAUAUGUGUACAUAUGUGCCUCAAUGAACAUUGCCUGUCCACCUGAUCAUAGGUGUACAUAGACUUCAUGGAGCUCCACAGUCUUUUGUAAAUAUCAACACAAGUAAAUAAGUAUAUAAAUAUAUAUUACUGAGGAUUUAUUUUAACAUCAUUCUGUGUGAAAUGAAAACGCAAAUAAAAUUUUUGACAGAC